CCGACACCGAGGCCGGUAUCGAACGUGGAACAGCCAUAGGGGGCGAACGACGACGCGUGACGUUCGUGUGCCUCGUGGGACGCGCGAUUCCGGGCAGAACAGUGAUGGCCGCCGCGAGAAAGAGGCGCUUCGAUCGAGCCUUCUCCUCGGUGACUGAUCCGCCUGGACGCGCAGCCGAGUCGCUUCUUUCCGAUACUUCGUCCGCGUAUUUUUAAUCCGUCGUUUGAGAACCGGCACGAGUCAUUCCGCUCGCCAGUGUACCGCGCGCGCUUCUCGCCGCUCCGACUCGUUCUCGCCGCGCCUCUCGCUCUCUCUCUCUCUCUCUCUCGUGCCUGCGUGUAAUUUUAAAUAGGUCCGAGAAAAUUUUGGAAAAACAGAGAAAAGGGAAAGACGUAUAUCGAGGAAGGUACCUGCGCCUCCGCUCGACGCACACGUCGAUUCCAUCGAUACUGCACAACUAUUUCGAAUUCCCCUUGAAAUCGAAGAUCCGAACGAAAGGAUGAGCAAGCAGUACACGAGGAGCGAAGUUGUCAACAGCAACAGCAAGGAGAAGAUACUGAUAAUCCUGCACGACAAGGUGUACGAUGUCUUGAGCUUCCUCAACGAGCACCCGGGUGGCGAGGAGAUCCUGCUGGACCACAGAGGCAAGGACGGUUCCGAGGACUUCGACGACGUGGGUCACUCGAAGGACGCCUUCGACCUGAUGUCCAAGUAUCAGGUCGGCGAACUGAUCGAGUCGGAAAGGUCCAACAACGCGCCCAAGCUGAGCUGGACGUCCGGCUACACGAAGGACGACAAGAACAAGGAUCAAGGAAUAUCUCAGUCCGUGUUGGCCAUCAUCGUCGUCGUCCUGAUCGCGAUCGUCUACUACGUGUACUUAUAAUUUUAGCGAAUAAGGUUCGUGGUCUUAUGGGUUCUAUAGAAGAAACGAAAGAGUGCGAGAAGAGAAAUCGGCGACCACGUCCGAGCGUGAUACAGACUAUUGUGACUGUUUCUUCUUUCUUUUCCGCCUUCUUUCGAUACUUAUGUUACUCGAGUGCGGUGUUUGAACGUCGCGCGACGUUGUAUAGUAUCCUGCGACAUCUUGUCUAGAGAAGCUCGUGCUCGUCGAGCCUGUUCGCCCGCUGGAAGCAACACCAGGGGCGUCUGCUGCUAGAGAAAUUCUGAAUGUUCACUUGUAAAAUAGAAGUCGAAGCUACUUUUCCUGGGAAUAAAUCUUGGUAAUUCUGCGAA